AUGAGAGGUGGACCACAACCACCAAGAGGACGAGGACAAGGUAGGAAUGGAAACGAAAAUGGUCGAGGUCGAGGGGCACCCGGCAGAGGUAUCGGAAAUGCUGAAGCUCGACAGCCAGCUUUGGUAUAUCCAGCUCGUCAUCGAGACAAAACAAACAAGCAAUUUCAGUACCUACCACGGCAUAUCAUCAAGUUGAUAACCUUAAAAAGGUUGGCCGGAUUAGAUGCCCUCGCCAUUAUAGAGGAACGCUUUGGCCGAGGGUUGUCGCUUUAUCAUAAGAAGCCAGCCCCAUACCAAAUUGCUAUCAGGAACCAUGUGAGCCUUACUUUAGAAUCUACCGUCCCCCGGCCAGUACCGAAGCUACGAGUUGCAGGAGGCAGGCGGGCAGCUGAAAACUAUGGCGGGAAACCGUUUAAGGAUCAUGGCCACUAUAACAGUAACGGCACUAAAACUACUGUUAGACAUUCUCAGCAGAGAGUAGCCAUGGACAUACAUGCUUAUGUCUCUAUGUGUGCGUUUUGUAUAUGUAAGACCUUGUCGCUUAUAGAAGAUAAUGUUUUGCUUGUAAAAAUUUGAGUUUAA